CUCGAGCUUAAUCCAACUUGCUACCCAUUAUCCGUACAUGAUCAACCAAAAUCGACGAUAUCAAUACGAUGUCGGACCACGAAGACGCACUGGAGAGCGAACCUCCCACUAUUGACCCAUAUGAGGUUUUGAGCCUCGAAAGGACUGCGACGAGCGAUGACAUCAAGAAAUCCUAUCGAAAGGCUGCGCUUAAGAACCACCCAGAUAAGGUGCCACAAGAUCAAAAAGACGCCGCACACGAGAAGUUCCAAGCUAUCGCGUUCGCCUACGCCAUCCUCUCCGAUCCUGCCCGUCGCAAACGGUACGACGAGACUGGCUCGACCUCCGAAUCGAUUGUAGACUCAGAAGGAUUCAACUGGAGCGACUACUAUCGAGAGCAAUAUAAAGAGUCUGUGUCGGGCGAUGCAAUCGAGAAGUUUUCCAAGAAGUACAAAGGCUCUGAUGAAGAGAAGGGAGAUGUUCUCGAUGCGUACGAACAGUGCCAAGGCGAUAUGGAUGCGCUGUACGAGAGAGUCAUUCUUAGUGACGUUUUGGAGGACGACGAACGCUUCCGUGAGAUCAUCGACACGGCUAUCAAGAGCAAGAAAGUGCCUAGCUUCCCGGCCUACACAAAAGAGUCGAAGAAGAAGCGAGAGGGUCGUGUGAAGCAGGCCCGGGCCGAAGCUACAGAGGCUGAAGAUUACGCAAAGGAGCUAGGUGUACACGACAAACUCUUCGGCGGCGACAAAAAGGGCAAGAAGAAGAAGGGUAAGGGAAACUCGGAGGACGACCUGGCAGCACUGAUACAAAAGAGACAGCAAGAUCGCUCAGAGAGCUUCCUAGACCAUCUCGCCGAAAAGUAUGGUGCCAAAGAGAGCAAGGGCAAGGGCAAGAAAGGUAAGAAGCGACCUGUUGAGGAUGAGCCGUCAGAAGAGGCUUUCCAGGCGGCUGCUUCUCGUCUGAAGGGUUCGAAGAGGUCGAAACGGUAGACUACCGGGAGAUAACAAUAUCGGAUUGCGUUAAUAUGGCUGUUGGGUCAAGAAUUUUGGUGUUUGGGCGUACCUUAGGUUAAGGCAAGGAUGCACUACUAGGACAAGAAGAGAAUUUAGAGACUGAGAAGAAUUGAACGAUUCAUGUUAAGUUUGCAAGUAGACUACAGAGUAUAGCUUGGUUUCCGGUGACUUUCUUUCAACAAGAAGGAAAGUCAGUCCUCGGUCAAUGAAGGUAG